AUGACUAGCGAGCUUCAAAAGACUUUGGAACUUAGAGAACAAGAACUUUUGAAUGCAUACAGAGAGCUUGAAAAAGUGAGGAAAAAAUAUAAAAAUCUUAAAGCUGAGGUUAAAGGAAAUAAGCAGCCUGAAAAUCUUGAUAAUUUUGUUAAUAAAAUCAUCGAUGCCAUCCACACAAAAUUUGAACCAUCCCCAAGAAAAAUCCAGAAAAGAGAAGAAUCAUCAGAUAUUGAAGAAGGAGAAAUCAAACAAAAUCAGAUGAAUAAUAAUGAAAAAAUUAAAUCAUUAUUUGAGCCAGAUAAAAAUGAUAGACAAACUAAGCAAAAUAAGCCAAAAAAUCCUCAACAAAAUGCAUAUGGAAAUAAUAAAAUAUGUUAAGUGAAUAGCUUGUCUGCCUUAGAGGCCUAUUUAUAAUUCGAAUUAAUUACUUGGCAGUUAUAGUGCAUACUGAUAAGCUAUUCAUAUAUAAAACAAUAAUACUAAGCCUCAGUUUGGAAAGCAAUUAGCUAACAAACAAAUGCAAGAAAGAAAUAGCCCCCAAAUAAAUCAAAAACCCUAUCAAUAUCCAAAUGAUUUUGCAAACUCUUUUAAGCAGCAAGCAGAUAGAAAUAAAAUUGCCAAUAAGCCAGCUUAUAAUGAGCCUUAUUUAAUCCACAAUUAUCCUAAGCCUCAAAUUCAAGAGCCUAUGCUUCUACCAAAUUUUCCAUCAUAUUCCCCCCAAUCUUUCCCAAAGCAGCCUGCAAUGUCUCAGCCAAUUCUCCAAGAUCUUUUCAAUUCAAUCAAAAAUUCAUACUGGCCAACUCAGGCCUUUGAUGUGUCAAUUCUCUCUAUUGAUUUUUCAUUUUUUAAAAAAUUUGACACAGCCCUGAUCUGUAAUUCUCUUCUAGAAGAACUCAAAAAAUGCCUUGAAAUUUUUAGUUUUAAUGACGCUUAUUAUAUAAUCAAUAUAAUAAUCAAAGGACUUUUAGGGGAAGAAACAAGAGACAAACAAUUUUUCGGGAAUCUAAAAAAAAUCAUAAUUUCUCCAACAGCAAAAGGGUUCAAUUUUGCAAGCGAAAUUUGCAAAAUUCAGCCUAUAAGAUACACAAAUCAAUGAAAAUCGCUGCAAGAAUUACUCCAUGUCUGUUAUAUUUCAAUCUGCAAAGAGUAUGGAUAUUUCUUGCUAAUCAGAUCAUUAGCUUCAAAGCAAUUGAAAGUAAAAGAAAUCAGACUAUUCCGGUUGAUUUUUGAGAUCUGGGAAUCAGAUUUGGGUGAAAGCCAGCUUUUUUCUCUAAAAACAUAUAAAAAAUUAUAUGAAAAUAUAGAAGACACAGAGUCUCUUUUUAAAGAUAUCGCUUUAGAAGCAGCCCGCUGCACUGAAGACACCCACAAAGAUUUAUAUGUCACAGCAAAAUCUUUAAUUUCCUUCGUAGGAGGAAAAACUGCUUAUAAAUACUAUGAGAAUUAUCUUUGGCAAACCUUAUCAUCUGCGUUUAAAGACUCUCUAACCAGAGUUAUCAUAUUAGAAAUGAUCGGCCCUAUAAUUACUCAGCUUUCCAAGAAUUCUGAUUGCGCCACAGUUACUGAAGGACUUCAGCGCAGUAUGGAAGAAAUUUUAACUGACGAGAAUUUUGAAAGUAAUAAAUAUUUAGGCUUUAGUUUUAAAGAGCAAAAGGCAGCUGCAAAAACCUUGGAAAAAUGUGGGUAUACGUCACCAAUUUCAUUAAAAUGGAGAACAAAAUUUAUUAAGCCUUAA